AUGAGACUCGAUGGUUUCGUCAACGCUGUCCUGUGCUGGAAAUUGGUGAUAAUUAUCAACGCGAUUGAUGGGAAAUCGAUGCACGAAAAAGACAAACACGAUGUCUUCAGCGUGGAGGGAGUCGAAGGACGAAGCAUUGAGCUACAGUGCCCCAUCACGGUGCCCCUGUCCCAGGUCUACAUGGUGCUGUGGUUUAAGGAUAACGCCGGCAUUCCUUUGUACAGCGUCGAUGUUCGUGACAAAAUUUCCCGCCAGCCGGCUCACUGGUCGGCCCCGGAAGUGUUUGGAUCACGCGCCCGCUUCAAUAUUGAUAAAUCGCCAGCGUCGCUGCUCAUAAAGAACCUUAAACGGCACGAUCAAGGAAUCUACCGAUGUCGAAUCGAUUUUCGAACGAUACAAACUCAAACGUACCGGUACAAUCUAUCUGUCGUAGUCCUGCCAGAGCAACCGGUGGUCCUGGAUCGCUGGGGACGUCAUCUCAACGGCACGAAGCUCGGUCCCAAGGAAGAGGGCGACGAUGUCGUUAUCACCUGCCGUGUUUCGGGCGGACGGCCGCAGCCCGAGGUUCGGUGGCUCAUCAACGGGGUCAUCGUGGACGAUCAGUACGAGCAGAACUCGGGUGACGUCAUCGAGAACCGGCUGCUCUGGCCGACGAUCCAGCGCAGCGACCUGAACUCCAUCUUCACCUGCCAGACGAUGAACACGAAGCUGGUGGAACCGAAGGAGACGAGCUACGUGCUGGACAUGCACCUGAAACCGCUCACGAUAAAGGUGGUGAAUCCGCCAAACACGCUGGUGGCGGACAAGCGGUACGAGAUCGCCUGCCAGAGCACCGGUUCGCGGCCGAACGCCAUCAUCACCUGGUACAAGGGCAAGCGGCAGAUGCGCCGGACGCGGGAUGAGAUCCUGGACCACAACACCACCACGUCGUCGCUCAGCUUCGUGCCGACGACUGAGGACGACGGCAAGACGCUCACCUGCCGGGCGGAAAACCCCAACGUGAACGGUCUGUUCCUCGAGACGGACUGGAAGAUGAGCGUUGUCUAUCCUCCAAUCGUGACGAUCCAGCUUGGACCGACGCUGGUCGUGGACGACAUCAAGGAAGGCGACGACGUGUACUUCGAGUGUCACGUUCGCUCGAACCCCGACUGGAAGAAGCUGCAGUGGUUUCACAACGAUAUCCUGCUCCAGUACAAUGGGUCGGCGCGCGUCAUCCAGAGCGGUCAGAGUCUCGUGCUCCAGAAGGUGACGAAACAAUCGGCCGGAUAUUACGCUUGCAGUGCAAUCAACGCGGAGGGUGAAACCGUCAGCGAUCAGCAGUACCUCCGGGUGAAGCAUGUUCCCGUGUGUGCGACGGAUCAGCUCGGCGGAAAUGUGGCGGUAGGCAAUGGAACCGAUGGUGGUGGUGGUGGUGGUGGGGCAGCUGCAACCAGAAGUGGCAUACUAAUUGGCGCAUCCCGGAACGAGAACGUGGAAAUACCGUGCCAUAUUGCCGCCGAUCCACCGGCCAGGUCGUUCCACUGGCGGUUCAACAAUUCCGCCGAAGUCCUACAGGUGGAUGCGCAUCGCUACACAAACCAGGGCAAUAUUAGCAUUCUUAACUACGCACCGGCUACGGAUCAGGACUUUGGCACGCUAACGUGUUGGGCCGUUAACGAAGUCGGCCCGCAAAGUCAACCGUGCACCUUUCAGCUCGUUCUGGCAGAUCUGCCGGCGCCGGUCAGCAACUGCAGCCUGCCGAACCGGACGCAACAGCUAGCGGAGAUCCAGUGUACGGCCGGCUACGACGGAGGUCUGCCGCAGAUGUUUGUGCUGGAGCUGAUCUCGAAGCGGACCGGCACGCGAAGGUUUAAUUUUUCAAACAAAAACGAACCAUUCUUCGUGCUCGAUCGAUUGGAAAAACUCAGCGCCCUCAUGACGCUCGAGAACAACUCGCUGUCCUGCGUGGUCUAUGCACUCAAUCAAAAGGGCCGCAGCACACCUGUGCUAAUACAGGACUUUGAGAUUGGUCGCAUCCAGCCAUAUCGAGCCGCAGAGGCGAAACGAGUGGACGCGCUCGAGUGGCUUCCGAUUGCCGGUGGCAUUCUGCUUACCGUCAUAAUAUUGGCUCUAUCGAUUUCAACCAAAACAUACCUCACCCGGUGGUGCUGGCGGUACGGCCGAUGGCCGCGACCGACCGGCAGCGAGACGAAACGGGGCGACCCGAACGGCAAAAGUGAGCAUCAGACGCACAACAUACUCCGGGCGGACGAGUUCGAAUGUGGAACGCACUGCUUGAAGCUGAAAAACGUGCAAAUGCUUCGGCGUCACAGUUCCCGCAAGAAAAACACUUCGAAGGAUUCCAACGAUGAUGAACCGGAACCGGACGUCAUACCGGCGCAGUUUAACAUAGUCUCUGCUUCCCCGCUGCUUCCAACGCCUCAGCACAACGAAACUACAACAAAGGAUUCCCCGCGGUACGGAGCCUUUUCACCCACCCCCAUAUCAUAUCAGGCGAGAGCGGUCGCUUCCAUACCUCCCGCACCAUCCCUGGAGGCGCUCGAGUACCUGGCGCAAGGUAGCAUCGUGGGAAUUCUGCCCUCGACGAGAUCCGGUCCCGGUCCGGGUAGCUCCGAGCUCGAUAUCAACGUGAUCAAGGACCGGUUGCUGACGACACGCGUGCCCGAAAGCUGCGUUUGA